CAAUAGUAUUGCGAUCUCUUCAUACAAAUAUAAGGUUCGUGGCGACUCCCGCGCACUCUGGCAUACCCCUUCACCGUCGAAACCGCCUGAUAUAAAAUGAAAGUUAUAUUCGCUUUAUUGUUUUGUGUAUUUAGUGUUUAUGGCAAAAUAUUACCGGAUUACUUCCCUCAAUGUAAGAAAAGCGAUCCGCAAAUCGAAAAAUGCAUUCUAGAGGCAAUAGAAGUUUUAAGGCCAAAGUUACUAAAUGGGAUACCGGAAGUGAAUGCACCAGCGCUCGAACCUUUCAAUGUACCAACGUUGAAACUUGACAGAACGGCUACCAACCUUCGUUUAAAGGCAACUAUAAAGAAUAUGAAAGCUUACGGCGGAAGCAACUUUAAGAUAGAAAAGUUAAAAUUAAACCUAAAUGGAAAGUAUGAAGGGCAGAUGAAGCUGACAUUGCCGAAGCUGUCUGUGACAGCCGAUUAUGACGUGCGCGGCUCCAAGAUCCUCACUUUGGACAUUAGUGGCAAGGGGCGGUUGAGGAGUAAUUUCACUGGAAUAACAGUAGUUGUAAAGGGUGCAGCGAAGGUGGUCGAGCGUGAUGGCGUGGAGUACUUGCAGGCUGAGAAAAUGGUUGCCAAACUGAAGAUUGGCCAUGGCCAGCUCGCUGUCGAUGAUACCGAAAGACCUGUUGCUGCUACAUCAGCUGCUGCCUUCUUCAAUGCGAGUCCAGGAGUGGUGUUGGAUAUUCUGAACCCACUUAUAGAAGAGAGUAGCGCAGCGAUCUUCAAGGCAUUCUUCAACAAGGUUCUGUCUGCCAUACCCCUAAAGGAGAUAUUAGUUGAGGAUUCUUAAGACCCUUUGGGUUUCUUGUACAUAUUAUACUUACCUCUAUAUUCAUAAAAAUCUAUAGUUCUAGUUGCACUCUUUAAGUAUUCUAUGUGUCUCUUUUCAUCACAGCGUAAAUACAAUUUGGCAGAAAGAGACGAAAAUACCUUAGUCAAAGAGUGCUUAGACUGAUUUUUAGGAAUAAGUUUCAAAUAUCCUGAACAUUGGUACAAUAUUGUUUAAAAACGUGUGUUCAGAAGUUGAUCACAAUACUAUUUUAUUCAAAGUGUUGUUCUGAUAUGUUUUUUUAAGAAUCACCUAAAGAGACAAUUAAUAUUUAUUUACGUACUGUGGUAUCACCAUUUUCCAAUACUUGCAUAUAUUGUAUAACUUUAAUGUAGGAUUUAUUUAUUAUCGUAAGGUUUUAUACAAAAUUUUACACCAAAGAAUGUGUUUUCUAUUAGAAAUAAGACGUUUUGGUUAUUAUAAUUGAAACAUGUAUGUUACAUGUCAACCUCCAUUCGUUAUAAAAUGUCGUUUCCCUCGCAUCAUUAUUUCCUUGUUGUUAAGUGAAUGCAAUUAAGUUUAAUGGGACUUCAAAAGGGUGUAAUAAUAAGGAAAGCUUCAUAUGAAAAUAUACCUGUUAAAAUGUAAA